AUGGCAACGGCUUUCACGCCCAUAUGUGCUGAGAAGAGGAUUUCAUUGCGAGUUUUCGCUGUGGUGUUCUCUUUGCGCACAAUUCUUGCAGAACAACAGCUCAAGGACACACUGACGGUGCCAUUGCAGGAGUACAUAUCGCUGUAUGAACGGCCCACGCAAGAUGGGCACAGCCGUUUGCCGUUGCGCGUCAGCGAAUACUACGGCUCCGUGUUGAUGGGGACUCCCCCACAGGAGUUUGGUGUGGUUUUUGACACUGGCUCUGGAAAUAUUGUUCUUCCAACUCUCAAGUGUGCGGACGAGGCCUGCGAGGAUCACCACCGCUUCUCCAGUGGCGCUUCAAGAUCCUCUGUGCAGCUGGCCCUUGAGGAUGGUACACCGCUGCGGCCUGGACAGGACAGAGAUACAACAACUAUCACCUAUGGUACUGGCAAGCUUACGGGCGAGUAUAUCCAGGAUAUGCUUUGCCUGCGACAAGGUUCUGGGCCCGCUGCAGUCAUGAAUUCUGCCUGCUUGAAAGUGGACUUCCUGGGCGUCACGCAGGAGUCUCGCUUUCCCUUCACGGAACUGCCAUUCGACGGGAUCUUUGGCCUUGGAUUGGCUGGUUUAUCCGCCGGACCUUCUUUCAACUUUGUCAACCGUUUGGUCGCAGCCAACGAAGCUAUCCGCAGUCCAACCUUUGCUUUCUUCCUGAGACGUUUGGAUGCAGAUGAAGAUAGUGAGAUCACCUUCGGAGGGUACCGGCCAGAACGGUUGGAAGGAGAUGUGACGUGGUUGCCCGUUCCAAAAGACGAGGCAGAUGAAAAAGGAUAUUGGCUGGUGACAAUGCGCGAUAUUUACGUUGGAGACAAGCCUCUCCACGUGUGUGACGACUUCAGAUCAAAGCCCCGCUGUCAGGUGGCCAUGGACACCGGCACAGCCUUGAUGAUGGGUCCACGCCAUGGCGUUGCAGAGCUACUACGCCAUAUUGGCGGUUGUCAGUCGAUUCCAUCCAUUCGCUUCGACUUGGACACAAUCGACGGAGGCAUUUUCAGCGUCAUUUUGGGACCCGAUGAUUAUGCAGAGGUCAAAGGUUCAGAUUGCGCAUUCGCUUUUCAGCCAGUGGACCUCCCACCCAACUUGGGCCCCAUGUGGGUCUUUGGGCAGACGGCGUUGAGGAAGUACUACACCAUCUACGAUGCCAAGAAGUGGCAUGUCGGCAUAGGUUUGGCCAAACACACGGUGAAGAAGCGACAGAGCACCCUGGUACAGGAGGGUGAGCCACCACCAAAGAAAGCUGAACCAGAGGUCUGUGAGGAUGACAACAAGAACAUGGUCUGGAACCAUCUUCCAGGAUGCAAGUCCUUUGCUUCUAUGGGGUAUUGCCAUCGAUUUUCACCCCUUGCGAGGAAAUAUUGCCGCUUGUCCUGCGCGUUGUGUACGGUUGGCAGCGCAAGCGAAGCACAGCUGGUCGGAGAGAAAGACCUCCAGGAAAGCUCCUCUGCAUCGGUGCAGGUUGCUGGCUCUGGAAUGAGCCUUUCAGGGGCUCGCCGUGGUGUAGUUAAGGUGAGAACUCUCAGCCGAGAAGAGUCUUGA